AUGCUGAACUUUAUGCUGGACAAAACGAGACAGAACGAAACGAGACGAUGUUGGAUUCAGCUGGAAUUCUCGCAAAGUGCUGUAACUGAUUCUCGCGAGACGACACUCUAUAAUGCUCACAAAAAACCACUCCCUGAAACUGCAACCUUUAACUUUCCAUAUUUUCAGUGCGUCGCCUCAUGUGUCAUCCUCUUCAUCUUCCCAUACCUUACUGUCACCAGCUGGAUCCUUAUCCUCAUCACAUUCCUGCUCGCUGGAAUCGCCGCAAUGUUUGCAGUACUAUGCAGGACUCAUAACAAUACAGUAGCCGCUCCGAUUGAGCCAUUGGAGGAGGAGAAGGAUGAGAAGUUCACUGAAGAGAAGGCUCAACGAGAAUUCCUUCUAGAGGAAUGUUAA